AUUAAGGAUAGUGUGUUUCCUUCAAUGGUUAAGCACCUUGCAGAAUCAUUCAGGGCAUGGAGAUGCUAUGGGAGUUUGGACUUGUUCAUCACCUUUGAUCAGUGGACCCUGAACCAAUGGUCGCAGGACAUGACAUUGUUUCAAAUGCCAUUAGGCUCACUCUGCCUCACCUCGAUACCCAUGGGAUGUACCAACCCCAUGCAGAUCAUGCAUGGAGAUGUCAUGCACAUCCUGUAA